AACUAAGGAGACCAAGAAGUUUGAAAACUUGAGGUUUAGCGCAAACCUCAAGAGUGAAACGUGCGUCUGACGAGUUUGUUCGCCGAGUGAUUCGGGCUCUGUUCGGCAUUUUUAUGGAACGCUCCUCUUUGUUCGUAUCUCGUGGGAAUAUUUGAUCUGUGAGAGGAUCUCUCACUGAGGCGUUUGCCGAAUUUUUCUUCUAUUUUUUUUUUUGAGUUUAUUUUCAUUUUUUGCGUUGGGUAGUCAGUAUGACGGUUAAGCUCUGGAUCAUUCUUUCCUGUGCAGUCGUUGCAGUCUCCUCCGCUGGAAUACUCGAAACGCUUCUGUCGUGGGACAUACGCGACAGUGAGGCACGAUCGUCAACGGCCCAGUCCAAGUGCUUGUGCCAGACAUCAGGAUGCCUUUGCUGCGUCGACCUCAAUCUGACGUCAACAAUCGACCUGGGUGGACCCGCCUGUGUCAAUAUCAAGCAGAAGGAUAACAAUGUCUCUCUGCAUAUGAGUUACGGAGACAAUCCUGUGCACAAUGCCACUAUCAAGAUUGGCGACGCAGCGGAUAAACCAACGUGUAUGAAUUUGCUAUCAGACUUAGCUCAGCUCUGUGCCAAAUUCACAUCAAUGAAACAUCAGGAUUCGGGCUACGACGGAUGUCUCGUGGUGGAGCCCGCUCUGAUGCGGACACCACAGGCUACUUACCACAUGGGUUGCUUCAAUUUCAAUCAGGGGGUCCGACAGAUUCAGUCGUCAAUAGUUGAGACAACUUCCCCAACCCCUGACGAGGAAGAAGAGGAAGGUCUGAACACUGAGGAACUUCUCGCAGCGGUUUCCUCGACAGCUGAGCAGGGAUUCGCCCUGUUCUCUCAGUGGUUCCUGAACCUCAACCCGAAACUGAACAUCACCAAUACCCCAAAGGAAGAGUCCACCCAGGCCCCAGCAGCAGUUCGCCAAGAAUCCAGCGAUGAAGGCAGAUCAGGUAGAGCCUUAGACACCACUCACCCCAUAACGUCAGACGAACGCAGCGAGGAGCGUUUCAAACGGCUGCUGAGUGCUCAAGAUAACAUAAUGCGAGAAUCUGCACGAAUUGGACCAUUGAACGAUGGCCAGACGACCUUCGUCUUCCCAAAAUCCAUGGAGGCACUCCAAACUGUCAAGAGUCAAGCCCCAUUUGUUCCGAGGGAGUCACGAAGAGGAGGACGUGCCUACAAUAUUCAUCAACACGUCAAUGAAAUCUAAUCAAUUAUUAUUUUUAUUUAUAUUUCCUCUAUUCAACUAUUUAACAAAAUCACUCUUUACCAUUUUCACAACAAUUUUCUCCCCUCGAAGGCAUUUUUUGUAAUGAUAAAGCACGAAAAAAUUCACAUCGACGAAGAAGACUCGAGGAUCCAAGUGAUUUUUGCUCUUUCACUGCUAUGCUUGCGAUUAUAUACAAGUGUUACAUAAAUUUUAUUUAUAAAGAAAUAAAAAAAAAACAUUCUUCACGUAGAAAAAUUGCUCCUAGGCAAAAUCGUACGCUUAUAUCAUUAGACAUUGGUAUGUUUUAAUGUAAUGAAUUUUAAUAUUAAUAAUUAUAAUAUAAAAUGGUA